ACCCAAACCAACCUUUCCCCAGUAUUUCCAUAUGACCCACCUUCACACAAAGGCUUUUACUAUCACUUUUCAUGUCAUGAGCAAAAAAUACCAGUUUUUACUUACGGUGGUGCGAGCUUUCCGUUAAGUGUUCCAUCGAGAAAGCUUUAGAUUAUACAGCGAACUUUUAGAUGCUGGAAUUGUGUUCAACUCUUGCCAUGGCAGCAAGAAACAAAAGGCACAAGGGCUUUCUUAAUCUCAAGGUACACCCUCAAGCUGAGAAAAACAGGAGUUGUUUCUAAACCAUGGUACUCCAGGAUUAAUGCUUUGUGUUGCACAGCUUGCUGCUGUUGGGCUGUUGCCCCUCUGCUGUAGUGGCUGCCUCUUAAAAGAAGAGAAAGCAAAACAGUAAUGGAUUUGGAAGAGUAAUAAUGAAGCUGUACUUAAAAGAAAGAGGGAUCUCCACUACUGUAGCAUGGCUGCUGCUGGUAAAGGGUUUUUAGUGGCUCUUUCUUCUUAGGCCUUUGUUUCCUAUGUAAUUACACUUUGUUACUAUGUUACAAAAUCUGUUAACAAUCAUGAGCCAGGUUCUAUAUUAUGAGUAGAGUCUAUAUGAGCAUGUUAGAUCUUUGAAUGGAUAAAGGAAGAGCAACCGGUAGCACGUACCUGGACUUGUGCAAAGCAUCUGACACUAUCCCACAUGACAUCCUUGUCUCUAAACUGGAGAGACAUGGAUUUGACAGAGGGACCACUCAGUGGAUAAAGAAUUUGCUGGGUGGUCACACUCAAAGAAUUGUGGUCAACAGCUCAAUAUCCAAUUGCAGACCAGUGACAAGUGUGGUGUCCCUCAGGGAUCGGUGUUUGGACCGGUCUUGUUCAACAUCUUUGUUGGUGACAUGGAGAGUGGGAUUGAGUGUGCCCUCAGCAAGUUUGCCGAUGACACCAAGCUGUGUGGUUCGGUUGAUACGCUGGAGGGAAGGAAUGCCAUCCAGAGGGACCUCAACACGCUUGUAAUGUGGGCUGAUGCCAACCUCAUGACGUUUAACCAUGACAAGUGCAAGGUCCUACACCUUGAUUGGAGCAAUCCCACCAACAGCUACCGGUUGGGCAGAGAAGAGAUUCAGAGCAUCCCUGCAGAGAAGGACUUGGGGGUGUUGGUCAAUGAGAAAAUGAACAUGAGCUGGCUGCAGUGUGCGCUCGCAGCACAGAAAGCCAACCGUAUCCUGGACUGCAUCAAAAGGAGCGUGACCAGCAGCUCGAAGGAGGUGAUCCUGCCCCUCUACUCUGCUCUCGUGAGACCUCACUUGGAGUAUUUUGUACGGUUCUGGUGUCCUCAACGUAAAAAGGACAUGGAACUGUUGGAACAAGUCCAGAGGAGGGCCACGAGGAUGAUCAGGGGACUGGAGCACCUCCUGUAUGAAGACAGGCUGAGAAAGUUGGGGCUGUUCAGCCUGGAGAAGAGAAGGCUGCGUGGAGACCUCAUAGCAGCCUUCCAGUAUCUGAAGGGGGCCUAUAGGGAUGCUGGGGAGGGACUCUUCUUUAGGGACUGUAGUGAUAGGACAAGGGGUAAUGGGUUAAAACUUAAACAGGGGAAGUUUAGAUUGGAUAUAAGGAAGAAGUUCUUUACUGUAAGGGUGGUGAGGCACUGGAAUGGGCUGCCCAAGGAAGCUGUGAAUGCUCCAUCCCCAGUUGUGUUCAAGGCCAGGUUGGACAAAGCCUUGGGUGAGAUAGUUUAGUGUGAGGUG